UCGGCACAACGAUAUCAUCUUCGCGCUCGCGCUGGGCCUCACGGCACGCCGCUGCUCCGACACGCCUCGCUCCCGUGUCGACAGAAUAUUACUCGUGCAUCGCUCCGAUCAGCUUUUCGCGCGACGCGCGAGUCGAGUGUUCUCCAAUAAGCCGUACAAAGAAUAUUAAUUAAUCGCGACAAGUCGAGUGCGCGUUUCGCGCGACAAUCGGCGGAGGAUCCCCGUCUUCGCGUCUGCAAAGUGCACGCUUAGAGCUAAACGCGCUCAUCUUUCACAGCCGCGGGACUGCGCGGAUAGAAGAACGGCGCACGACCUUGUUGCGUCCUAAGUAAUGAACUUUAGGCGAUUUCGCGCAAGUGCACGCGCGCGCGUUUAUUAAGAUGCGACUUUCUGGUGAUGGUGCAGUGAUUUCGUCACCCUGUCACCGAUGACCGCGUGACGACAUGUGACAUUGUUUUAAACUUAGAUUUUUAUUUAGAACGCUUCCGUGACUUCGAACUCUACGGACUUCUCGUCAAAUGAGUGGAAGUUUCCUGGUGAGUGCAUCCUCACAUACAUGGAGUUUCAGUUGGAUAGCGCAGAGUACUGCCAGGCUCAACACAAAUAGAGAGACACGCCCGAUACAAUCCCUAACAAUUACUAGAUACUAUUAAAAAGAAGAAAGAAGAAGGGUGGAAACAUCUUGGAGGGAGAGGAAAGAAAGGAUAUUAAAGUAGAAGAAUCAUCACCGGGGAAGUCAGAUAAAUCAUCAACUAGUCAUCGCGCAAGAUAGAAGAAUUUAGUAGAAAUUAUUAAUUUACAUUAGUAGAUGCAAGCAUCGUAGUUACUGAGCGCACCUGUCACAGGAGCACCCAGUGCCAAAUAGGUAAUCUUCCGCGAAUCAUAGUCUAAAGGUCUCAAGUGGGAAGAGUAAAGCGCAUAUCAACACCGCCUAAUGUAACGUAGCCCUUACCCUUUCGGCGAAGUUCGCAUCUCGACAACCCUUCCUAAGGUCUACAUGUAAAUCCACGGUUCUGUCCUCUGUAAAAAAAUAAGAUAUUCUAUUAGCUAAAUGAGAAACAAUUUUAUAAGACUGACAUUUAAUGGGCUAAGUUGUCAAAUCCAGUCUUUGUCGUUUCGUACGGUGCGGCACACUUACGAGACUCCGAAAGAGACCAGAUAUAAGAUCUUUAAGAGUUAAAAACAAUAAAAAAAAAAAGGGGGUAGAUAUAUUAAUCAUCUCUGUGGUUAAGAAGGCAAUGAGCAACAUGAGGGUGAAGGAUAUCAGACCGGCGCCCGCCGAGAUUGAAUACAAAAACAUGAAGUUCCUCAUUACCGAUCGGCCCAAUGAUCAAACGAUCCAUACUUUUAUUCAAGAACUGAAGAAGCACAAUGUAAAGGAGGUGGUGAGAGUCUGCGAACCAACGUACAAAGUCGAGGAACUUAAAUCAGAGGGGAUCAAUGUGGUUGAUUUGGUAUUUGACGAUGGUACAUUUCCACCAAGUGAGGUGGUGGAUGAAUGGUUCGAAUUGUUAAAGAAUCGAUUCCGGGAAUCACCUGACGCAUGUGUGGCAGUGCACUGUGUCGCAGGUCUCGGUAGAGCACCGGUCUUGGUUGCAGUAGCUCUCAUUGAACUUGGACUUAAGUAUGAAGAUGCUGUUGCCCUUAUUAGAGAGAAAAGACGAGGCGCCAUAAACGCAAAGCAAUUAACUUUUCUUGAAAAAUAUCGUCCCAAGUCUCGAUUGAAGCUCAAAAACGGACAAAAAAAUUCUUGCUGUAUCCAAUAAAUCAAAGAAUUUUUUGAAAAUGGAAAAAAAAAGAAAAUGAAAUGUCACUAAUUCAUACUGAUUGGUAUAAAUGUAUAGAUUUUUGCGCCUGACCAGUGGCAUAUUAUAGCAAAUUUGUUCUGAAUGGCCUAUCAAUGGAAAUGCAACCGUGAUUAGUAUCAAUUAAUUGAGGCAUGUUUGGGAAUAUUUAAUACUACAUUCUGAGAAAAAUCAUCAAAAAAAACGCGACAAAUCGUUGCUAAAUUUUUUUUUUAUGAAAAUCAAAUUUAUUUUUGAUACUUAACUGAUAUUGAUCAUAAUGGGCAAAAUUAAUAAUUAAAAUGGUAAUAACCUUAAGAAAAAAAUAACACUUGCAAUCGACUAUACUGUUGUUAUGUUCAGUUCUACUAAAUUAUCGUAUGUGAUUUGUUCGUAGAUGUUAGAAAUUUAUAGUAUGCAAUAUAUUCUUUUUCUUGAAAGAGAAAAAUUCUUUUAAAUAAUUUUAUUCAAUAAUUAAUUUAUUAUUCUAUCAAGAAAGGUUAUAUUGUCGUAGUGAAUAUAAUCUAUGUAGUACACUAGUUUGUUAUAAUUUGUCGAAAUAACAAAUAAUAUGUUCUUUUGUGAAAUAUACAAACGU